UGGGUGGGGCUUGGUGAGAGGGAAAACAGGGUGGUGUGUGUGUGUGUGUGUGUGUGUGUGAGAGUGCUGUGAAUUCAAAUCUGGGUGGGUCUUCAGUGUUUCACAUUCCCAAAUAACUCCCGGGCCGUGCGUUAAAGCGCUUUCAGUUCUCAGAAGGCCACAAUGUUGAUGCUGGCUGGAAUCGUCGUGCUGCACAUCACCGGCAUCAUCCUGCUGCUGGUGGCCACCAUCGAUAAUGCCUGGUGGGUCACCGACACACUCUCAACUGACUUGUGGGGCAAGUGGGAGUUAAAUGACUUGACGUGGCACUACACCAACCAGCAAGGCUACGCAGAGGUCGCUGAGUAUCUCCAGACGGUUCAGGCCACCUCGGUGCUGUCCUGCGUUUUUACCAUCCUGGCCUUGUUUGUGUUUGUGGCUCAGCUGUUCACCCUGCCCAAAGGCCAGAGGUUCACCUUCACCGGCGUUUUACAGCUAAUCGCCUGCCUGUGUAUAAUGAUAGCGGCCUCCAUCUACACGGCCCAGCUUCACACUGAUGACAAGGUGGGAGGUUACGGACACUCCUACGUCCUGGCCUGGAUCUCUUUCGUCCUCACCUUCAUCUCGGCGAUCACCUACCUCGUCCUGCGGAAGAAGACCGAGUGAGAGGAACCAGGAGAGGAACCAGGACGGACCUGGGAUCAGAUUCCCAGUUUGAAUUUGGAAAAUUUCAAAAAAAAAAAAAAGAAAAGAAAAAGGAUUUGUUUCAAAAUAUAAAAAAAAAAAAAAGAUUGUUGAUGUGUAGCGAGGAUAAUGGGGGGGGGUUCGAUUGCUAUGAGCCAUUUGUUUAUAUUUUUGAGUAAAUUGACGUUACAUGAAGGGCUGACGUGAACAGUGUGAGCUACAAAGUGAUUUCUAACAAGAGCUUCAUUUACAGCAGUGUAACCAGUUUUUAAUAAUACGUCUUUUUUUUUUUUAAAGGGCCAAUCAUUUUCAGUUAGUGCUGUAAAAGGAAUAGUUCAACAUUUUGAGAACUAAACUUGUUUUCUUGCAGAGUUAGAUGAAGACCAACAGGAGACAGUUCUGGUCUGGUCAAUGUUUUAAACCCCACCGGCUCCACAAACCGCGGUCCGGUUCAGCAGAGUCCCAGAAGCGGGCCUCUGCGUUGAAUACACAGCUGGUCUAUUGUCAAGCACCUCAGAAACAGAAACAGUAUAGAGAAUCCGGUGGAUUUUCAAAAUAAAAUACUCCAUGCAAACUGCCGGUUGUAAAAGAAACAGACAAAAGAGAAACAAAUGAAGUACGUAGCAUGUAGAAGCAUAUUUAGAAGAGCAUGAACCAGGAAAAUUACCAAAUAUGAGACGUGCCCGGUGUGGUUUCAGGCGUUGGAGGGUAGUAUCGAUCGUCUCGUGGUAACUCUCGGUGAGAAACAAAGUGAGUUAAUUCCCAAAAUGUCCCCAAAUUUGUAAGAGAAGCCCUUUUUUUUUGCUGAGAUUAAAGUACCGUGAGGCUGACGGUGAACUACUGCAGGUUUCCACGAGGCGAGGGGUGAAGCUGUAUCUGUGAAGGUACAGCGUGAGGUUUUUAAAAAAAAAAGGAGUUGCAGUACUUGAACAAUCAGGACAAGACAAGCCUUAAAUUUACAGUAACAAGUAGUUUUUUAAUCGUGUAUCAUUAUUUUACAACUGAAGUAUAGUGUAUCCUUUUUGUUUUUAAUCUCUGUACAUUAUAACCUUUAUAUUUUUGUAACUUUUUGUAUUGAGUGUUUUUCUUUUUUAACCAUGUUUGAUUUUGUGUAGUUGGCUGCUAUCAAAAGAAACGUACAUGCAACGUGUACACGUGAACACAAAGUGAACCAGGCGGAUGAUUCAACAUGUUUCAUAUCUAUGCAAUAGAAGUUUAGUUUUGUUUGUAAUUACAGUGGAAUUGAAGCCAUAUCAUUUAUUAAUAAAACAAAUUAUAUCACA